GAGAGAGAGAGACAAUGGCGGAGACUGCUUUGAGCUUAGCCCAAUCCAUGGUGGAGACUGUGCUUGGCAAGCUGACAUCUGCUGUGCUAGACAAGAUUGGCAAGCUCCUCAGCGUGCGCCAAAAUAUUCAGAACAUCAAAGAUGAGCUUCAGAUGAUGCAGGCCUUCCUGAAAACUGCUGAUCAGGGAGGUUUGAGAUACACUGAAGUCGUAAGGACUUUGGUGAAGCAAGUAAGGGAAUUAGCUUAUGACAUAGAGGACUGUCUUGAAGAAUUCAUGCUUCACUUUCAACAGCGAACUAAUUUAGUGCGCAAAAUCUGCAAUCUAAGAGCACGCCAUCAGAUUGCUACCGAGAUACAAGAUAUCGAAUCUAGAAUUGAGGCGUUAAACCAGCGGUUCUUGCAGUACAUUGCGGCAUUGCCGACAAGCUCUAAUGUGGCCCCUGGCUAUGUGCAUAUUGCGCCUCACCUAGGAGCACUCUCUAUUGAAGAUGGCCGGCUUGUGGGGUUGGACAAACCAAAAGCUGAUUUGAUAAAGUGGAUAACAGAGAAGGAGAAGAGUCUUCGUGUGAUCUCUGUAGUUGGUAUGGGUGGUAUAGGUAAGACCACUCUUGUCAAGAAGGUUUAUGCCAGCCUAGAGCUUGCUUAUCGUUUUAAUCGCCAUGCUUGGAUCACAGUGUCGCAGUCAUUCGAGGUCAAGGAGAUCCUUAAGAACUUGAUCAGGCAACUCCACAAUGCUCCUCCCAAAGGGAUAGAAACUAAGAAGCGCGAAGAUCAUACUAAAGAGAUUGAAACAAUGGGAGGGGAAGAACUUACUCAGAAGAUCCAAGACAAACUACAGAACAAUCGAUAUCUGAUUGUUCUUGAUGAUGUUUGGGCCGUACCGGCAUGGGAAGUACUCAAACCUGCAUUACCUGACAAUAAUAAUGGUAGUAGGAUUGUGGUGACCACAAGGAAUGCAACUUUGGCUGCACAUUGCUCUACUCCGUCUACUUGCGUCUACCAACUUCAACCCUUACCAGAUGAGGAGUCUUUGAAAUUGUUAUGCACGAUGGUGUAUAAGAGUUCUGAUUACCCUUGCUUACCGAAGGAAUUACAUGACUUGGCAAGUAAUAUCUUGAAAAAAUGUCGUGGAUUGCCUCUAGCAAUAGUCGCCGUCGGUGGUCUUCUUGCUACUAAGCCCCAAACUACGAGGGAAUGGCAGAAGUUGCACGAUCAACUCGGUUCGGAGCUAGAAACCAACUUGGGUCUUGAAGGACUAAAGCGAGUCUUGAACCUGAGUUAUAGUGAUUUACCUUACUAUCUCAAGCCUUGCUUCCUGUACCUAAGUGUCUUCCCAGAGGACAGCAACAUUAGCCGAAAGCGUUUGGUGAAAAGAUGGAUGGCUGAGGGUUUUGUAAGUGUGAAGCGUGAUAUGACUGCCGAGGAGGUUGCCGAGCGCUACUUUUACAAACUCGUUCAUCGGAAUUUGAUCCUCCCUGUAGAGAGCAUCAGUGCAGGUGGGAUAGUUAAGCAAUGUCGAGUUCACGAUGUGAUGCUUGAAGUAAUCCUCUCAAAAUCAUUAGAGGAAAACCUAGUUUUUGUGCUCAGUAGUCUUGACGUUGCCAUACCGCGAGAUAAGGUCCGAAACUUACUAUUAGCCAACGGCUGGAGCACAAAGGAGAAUGCUCUAAAGCAUAUGAACUUGUCCCAUGUUCGAUCGCUGACAGUGUCCGGAGAGUGGCAACCAUCACUCGUGUUUCCUAGACUAAGGUUGUUACGAGUUUUGGACUUAGAAGAUGCUUCAGUUUUGCAAGAUGAAGACUUCCGACAACUUGGAAGAUUGCGUCACUUGAAAUAUUUAUCUUUGAGGGGCUUGAAGGGCAAAGGCAAAGGAAGAUCGAAUGUUCAAAAACUUCCGAACUCGUGUUUGAAACUUCGGGGUCUUGAAGUACUAGAUAUUAGAGGGACGAGAAUAAAACAGUUACCUGCUGGGAUUGUCAAACUCCAAAAACUACGCUAUCUUCAUGCCGGUGUUCGUUUUGACGAUGAAUGUUCUUGUCCUUGUUGCUUUCCUCUCGUAAGGGCUCCGAUUACACGCAUGGAGGGUGUUAUGGUUCCUAAAGGAAUAGGGAAGAUGAAAGGCCUAGAAACAUUGAGCGCGGUUGUGGUUGGAGAAGACAAGGGCAUAAUUGAAGAGUUGGGGAAGCUAACACAACUAAGAAAAUUUGGUAUCGUAGACAUCACGAAAAAUAAUGGAGAAGAGGUUUGUGCUGCAGUCGGUAAGCUUCGCUGCCUCCAAUCUCUACUAAUGAGUGCAGCUAAAAAAGAGACACUUAGUUGCCUAACUUCCUUUUCGCCUCCGCCACGCCUUCUGAACCUAACACUAAAUGGUGGGCUUGCUAGCUUGCCCAACUGGUUUGCUUCUCUUGGCGAGGUGGCUAAAAUAACUCUAGUCAAAACGAAGUUGACGAAUAAUGCCAUGACAGUUUUGCAAGGUUUACCAAACCUGCUUAUUCUCCGUCUUUGGAACGAUUCGUAUAUCGGAGGCGCCUUGGUUUUCGGAGGCAAAACGUUUAUGAAGCUUGAGAUGUUGGAGCUUGCAGGCUUGUCUGGGCUGGAAGUGGUGUUUAAGGAGCAGGCUAUGCCUAAGCUGGAAAGGAUAAGCGUCAGGUGGUGUACGUUUAGUACUGGAAUUUCCGGAAUCGAACACCUUCCUGGACUCGAGGAAAUUUCACUUAAUGUGGUUUACAUUUUGGAGGCAAUGAUGGAUGAGUUGCAAAGGCAAGUCGAUAGACAUCACAACCACCCUACACUCAAAGUACUGGGAAGCGAACUCACAAUCGCACAGAAACUACAACAAAUUCAGAAACUACAAGAAAUUCCAAUUCAUCAAAGCAACUCCGUAUAGAAAUUUUUAUCUUUCUUUGAAGGCGAAUUGGAUCUGGUGAAGGCCUUAGAAGUGCACCUGUUUCGUCGCAUCAAAUAUUGUUUGUACUAUUAUGUAUCUUCCGUUAAAAUAUAUAUCUUACAAUUCUCUAUUUAAGAGUUUAUAUAAUUUUUUUA